AUGGCGAUCAAAUCUUCGGUCUUGGUCGCCGAAGAGUCAACACUAGGAUUCCAAGCUAUACCCGAACUCUAUUCUACUCCUGAUAAUGCCUCGUUCAGAGAUGAAGAAGUAGAUUAUAAAGCAGAUGAUGGAGCAGAUACUAAAAAUAAUCAUGAAGUAGAUGACGAAACAAAUGAUGAAGCAGAAAAUAAGGUAAAUUAUAAUGUGGCAAAUCAAUUAGGAGAUGAACCAGAGAAUAAAACAUAUAACGAAGUAGUUGAUGGAACAAAUAAUGAAUCAGAUAUUAAAGUAGAGGACAAAUCGGAUGAUAAAAUACAUGAUAAAGAAGACAAUGAAACAGAUAAUAAAGCAGAUGAUAAAUCAGAUGAUGAAACGUAUAAUAAAGCAGAUAAUGAAGAAUACGGAGCAGACAAAAUGAAAUAUACAUUACAACAAUGGACGUCAGGCAAGACGUCGACAUAA